AUGGCAGGAAACCAGAUCACUUCCUUUAUUUUCAUCAACUUUGUUUUGGGACAAGCUCACUCAGCUGAUUAUAUCUACUCUGCAGUGAUGCCUCAGACAGUAACAGCUCUGACAGGCUCUUGUGUCCAGAUUCCUUGCACAUUCAGCAUCUCCAAUUUUGAGGACAAACGCAAGAGGGCAAAAUCUAUUUAUGGGAUUUGGCUGAAAAACCAAUCGCAGUAUGCUAGCAAAGACAGUUUUAUAGCUUUUAAUAGCAGUGAAAACAUCAUUAGAGGAUUCAAAGACAUAAAGAUGACUGGAGAUCUCAAUGAGAGGAACUGUACCACUGUCUUCUAUAACAUCAUGAUGAAUCAUUCAGACCGCUAUUACUUCAGACUGGAAAUAGAGCCAGUUGUGUUCAGAGCAACACUUGACCCCAAUACAGCUGAUUCAAGCAAGACUGUGAAGAUCAUUGUCAGAGACUCACCACAACCUCCUGAACUUAAACCCAGUGAGCCACAGUAUGUGAUGGAGGAAAGUACAGUCAAUCUGAGCUGCUCUGCAGAAGCCCCCUGCCCCACACAACCUCCUAAUAUAUCCUGGUCUAACAUCCCUGAAUCUGCCAGCAUUACAACACAGUUACAGGACAAACCUGAUAAAACCCAGUCAGUGUUUUCAUACAUGACCUUCAAAGCUUCAUACACCGAUCACAAAAAGAAAAUCACCUGCACUGCUACAUAUCCAAGAAAUAUGCCUAAUGACUCAACUGUGGAAGGCAACAUCAUGCUACGAGUCCUGUUUCCUCCAAAAGAAACUUGCAUCAUCAUUACUCCAUCUGUUGGCACUAAUGUGACUUUGACCUGCAAAAGCAAAGCCAGUCCAUCAAAUGACUUGAAAUACACCUGGUACAAACGUGGACAGGAGACGCCUAUAGCUUGGAAAAAGAAGAUUAAUUUAACCAAAACUCAAACAGCAUCAUACUUCUGCACUGCACAAAAUAAACAUGGAAAACAGUCGUCAGAAGAUGUCCAGCUCACAGAUGAAGGUGAGUUUACGCAGUUUAAAUGUAAAGCACAAGGUCAUUUAUAG